UCAUGCUGCUGCCAGGUCCAGAGUCUCUCAUGGGUCCCUGUACGGCCUCCCAUUGCUGCUGUCUCCAUCGCCACACUCUGCCAUGUGCCACUUUCAGGUCUCCUCACACUGCUGGUGUGUUACAUUUUUUGUCAUAGGGUGCUGGCAGAUUACGGGCCUCCCAUUGCUGCUGCCAGGCCCCUAAUCUGCCAUGGGCCCCUGUACCGCCUCCUCAUGCUGCUGCCAGGUCCACAGUCUCUCAUGGGUCCCUGUACGGCCUCCCAUUGCUGCUGUCUCCAUCGCCACACUCUGCCAUGUGCCACUUUCAGGUCUCCUCACACACUGCUGGUGUGUUCCAUUUUUUGU